AUAUCAAACCUUAUUUCUUCUAACAAAAAGCCUAUCCUGAAACCAGAGACCUCAACCUGACGACACAAUGGUUCUUCUUCAUUUCACUGCAAUUCCACCCGCAGUUUGUUCUCAGUUAUCUUCAUCCCGAUCAACUUCUUCCGUUGCUUUCAAUGCCUUUUCCAGGGUACAUUUGAUUCAAACACCCUUUGUGUUGAAACAUAAAGGACAAGGUUCAAUGAUUAUGAAGGCGGUGGCAGGCGUGGAUGGUGUGGAGCCGGAAAGCACCACUCCGGCGGCUGUGGAAGCCAUUGAUGAAAGCUUGUCAGUGGAAAAGCUUCCAUUGGAGUCAAAAGUUCAAGCUCAGGUGGACCAGAAAUUGAAAAUGAAGCUGGCGAAGAAGAUAAGAAUGAGAAGAAAGAGGCUUGUCAGGAAACGCCACUUGAGGAAGAAGGGAAGAUGGCCUCCUUCAAAGAUGAAAAAGAACAAGAAUGUAUGAGUUGACUAUUUGACCUCUCACUCUAAGGAGUUUUGAUUUCAAAAUAUUGUUGUUUUUGUUUCUGAAUACAUCGAACGAGUUGCUUGAAAGAUGGAAAUGUAUGUGUAGAUUUUUGAUCUUAAUUGCAAGAAAAACCUUCACAUUAA